AUGCUCCCCGGAAGAGGAGGAGCAGAGGCCCAGGACUGGCAUUUGGACAUGCAGCUGGCAGGCCAGGUGGUGCUGUCCGCCGCUGCCCUGCUCCUGGUGGCCGUGGCCUACAGGCUGUACAAGUCGAGGCCUGGUCAGGCCCCACUGGGGGCCAGGAAGGCCAAGGCCGAGGCCAAUGAGGAGGCCGAGGGCACCGGGAAGCCUGUGGUCCAGGGGGCUGCUCCUGGGGCACCGCACUGGGUGCUGAGACGCCGGAGGGGAAGCAAGGGGGCCAGAGAGGAGCCGGGCUGUGGCUGCGAGAAUCAGGGGGACUCCCAAGUCCUGGCAACAGGACCCUCUCCCGAAGACUCAGAAGCCCGAGAGGCUCGGGAGCCCGAGGAGAAAGGCGCUGGUGAGGAAGGGGGUGGGCAGUGCCCGGACUCUGAGCUGGAGCCUCGUCACUGCUGUGGCCAGGAAGCCGGAACAGCUGCUGGCGGCGAGCCCGAGCUGCCCCACCACCCCCAUCCGGGCAGCGUGUCCCAAAGCUCCCACACUGGCCUCGCCACGGAGGACGGCGGCAGUGUAGGCAGCGAGCCUGCCCCAUGGCAGGACGGCGGCGCCCCGGGUCAGCCAGGGCCCGGGGAGCAGGAAGCCGCCCCCACCAACCGGAUGGCCCACGUGGAAGGCGAGAGUGACAUGAGCAAGAGCUGGGUCUUCACCCGCGGGACGGGGGUCCACAGGGAAGAGGCCAGGGCCCUCCAGGCCACCGCGGACAUGGGCCUGACCCUGCUUCAGCAGGAGGGAGCCACCAGCGCCUCCUUCACCUACUCGUCGGUGGCCCGGGUUCGUGUGGAGGAGAAUUUCCUACAGGAGAAGGUGGGGGGGAUUGGGCCCAGGCUGAAGGGCAAGGUGUACGAUUACUAUGUGGAAUCCACCUCUCGGGCCACCUCCAAGGGCAGGCUGGCCCCCAGAACCGCUGCCCUGGCUGAGGCUCCGCCCCCCGUGCCCCUGCCAGGCCCCCCAGGGACCGGGGCAGCUUCAGGAGGCCGUGCUGAGGACGGGGAAGGUGGAGCCGAGACACCCACCUCCUCGCAGCCUGUGCUGUCGCCCUCCACGCAGGGUUUCAGCAGGAAGGACAGCCUCGUCCGGAUCCUGGAGGACCCAGAGCUCCAGCUGCAGCUAGAUGGCUUUGGGGCCCCCACUCCGUCCUGCCCAGAUGGGAGUGCCCUGCCUGGCCGUCCUCUACCCUGGGCUUCUCUCGGGUCCAGCUCCGCCGGAAGCAGCGGGGAGCCCCACGUGCAGCUGGUGGCGGGGACCAAUUUCGUCCACCUCCCACUGGCCCCCGGCGUCCACCUGGAUCUGGGCAACUGCUACCAGGUACUGACCUUGGCCAAGAGGCAGAAGCUGGAGGUGCUGCAGGAGGCAGCCUACAAGGUCAUGAGUGACAACUAUCUCCAGGUCCUACGCAGCCCCGACAUCUACGGGUGCCUGAGCGGGGCCGAGAGGGAGCUGAUCCUCCGGCAGCGGCUGCAGGGCUGCCAGCACCUGGUGGUGGCCGACGUGUGCCCCCAGGAGGGCUCCGGCCGUCUCUGUUGCUAUGAUGAGGAGCGGGACGCCUGGCACCCCCUGGCCUGUCUGCCCCCCGAGGCCGUGUCCCGAGGCUGUGCCCUCUGCAGUCUCUUUAAUUACCUCUUCGUGGUGUCCGGCUGCCAGGGGCCCGGGCGCCAGCCCUCCAACCGCGUCUUCUGCUACAACCCUCUGACGGGGAUCUGGAGCGAGGUGUGCCCGCUGAACCAGCCCCGGCCGCACUGCCGGCUGGUGGCGCUGGACGGCCACCUGUACGCCAUCGGGGGUGAGUGUCUGAACACGGUGGAAUGCUAUGACCCCCGCCUGGACCGCUGGACCUUCGUCCCACCGCUCCCCAACGACACCUUCGCCCUGGCGCACGCGGCCACGGCCUGCGCCGGGGAGCUGUUCGUCACGGGCGGCACCCUGCGCUACCUGCUGCUCCGCUUCUCGGCCCAGGGGCAGCGCUGGCAGGCGGGCCCCACGGGGGGCGGCAAGGACCGCACUGCCGAGAUGGUGGCGGUCAACGGCUUUCUCUACCGUUUUGAUCUCGAUCGCGGCCUGGGCAUCAGCGUGUACCGCUGCGGCACCAGCGCCCGCCUCUGGUACGAGUGCGCCACGUACCGGGCGCCUUACCCCGACGCCUUCCAGUGCGCCGCGGUGGGUGACCGCAUCUACUGCGUGGGGCGCCAGCGCACGCUCUGCUUCCUGGCCGACCCCGUCUCGCCCAGGUUUGUGCCCGAGGAGCUGCGGAGCUUCCCCUCCCCGCGGGGCACCCUGCUGCCCACCGUCCUGACCCUGCCCGUCCCCGAUGUGCCUCAGACCAGGGUCUAGCUCUCCCGCUCUGCUGGACUUCUCCUGCAAAACCGGGAAGCAAAAAGCACCCCCCACCUGCCACUCCGUGAGCCCUUUCUGGGAGAGCAGGCAGCUCAGGCGUUCGGCCAACACGAGGUGAAUUCUAACCCUACCGCCUCCUCUGGCCGGGGCCCUCGGGUGCGUCUUUGCUGUGGGUGGGAUGCAGGGGCGCGGAGUGAAGAUAGAACCAGGGACCAGUGCUCUGAGGCUGAGGGCAGCCACGUAUGCAGGGAGGAGCGCCAUCUAGCUUCAAAUCUGAAUUCUUGGAGGAAGGGAUAUCAGGGUCCUGCCAAAGUUCAGGGGUGCACCUGAUCCCAACCACAGUUCCCGAUGCCAGUUGACCCCCAGGAACCCCUCAAGCCGACCCCGCUGGAGGUGGGCCAGCUCUCUAUAAACCACCAGGGUCCCUUCCUAAACACUGGCCACUGAGCUCCUACCUCCAGGGUUCCCAGAAGCACCUGGGAGGUAGUUCUGGCGGUGCCAAGAGCCCUGGGGAGCCCCCAGGGGGUGGCCAGAGGAGAGAUGUUCAUAGAAGUCGACCCCCGAGAGUUGGAGCUGCCCGUGGGACCCUCGCCUGCAGAGCACAGUGGCCAUUACCCACUUCGCUUUUUCUCGUUACAUAGAAUCCUAGUAUACCAGGAAGAGAAGCCUCCAAUGAGCAGACAUUUAAAAGCAUAUAUCUUGCAGUGGUCCACUAAGAACACAGUGAUCCCACAUCUGAGGUCUCAGGAGACAGGAGAGGAUGUUCUCUGUCGACACCCGUCCUCCUGGGCUCUCCCACAUGGGCCCAAUGCUAACUGACCACUGACUCCCUCCCCAGAGCUCAGAGCCUGCACGAUACAGCUGUCCAAACAACACAGCCCUCACCUCGGGGAGCAGGGGCAGCCACUGCCAGCCACCACCCCCCACCCGGUGAGAGCCGGUGAGAGAUGUUGGCAUGAUUUCUCCUCCCUGUGCCCUGCGGUCACCUGAUCUGCCUGGUCAGACGGGAGAGCAGGUGCGUGGUGGAGCUGAGGAACUAGAAAAUCACACAGGACACUGGGACUGCCUCCCACAUCAGGGUUGGUAAUCUUGGAAAGGGCAGAGACCUUCCAGCCCAGGAAGUUGCCCGUUCUUCCCGGAGGGGAGGGAGAGAGAUCAGUCCGAUCUCUUGCCGCAGCCCCAUUCCCUCGCUGCAGAUGACACAUACGCGGAUAGAAGGGCAGUGAUGCUCGUGGUGCCAGGGCGGUUGGGACCACUUCUAAAGUGACAAGCGGCCUGGAGAAAAGAAGUAGAGAGGGGGGUGCACCAGGGCAGGCCUGACAAGUGGGGAGCUAAGAAUGCUUUGGAUUUCAGCAUUCCUACCUUGAAAAUGGGAAGGACAGCUCAUGGCCUUCUCUGCCAGAGAAAUGAGAACACCUAGGGAAAGUCCUCCCCAAAUUCCCCCGGAGGGUCUGGACAGGCGCUCGUGUUCACUGCAGCUGCUGGGGCCGGCCAGGGUCUUCCUGGAAAAUGCACGAUUAGAACAAGGAGUAACAGGGAAGUUGGCAUGGAGAUGAGAACUUUCAUUGGGCCACUCAGAGCCACUGUCCCCAUCCUAGGGCCUGGAAAGUGAGGCUGCCUAGUUUAUUCUCAAGUUGGAGCUUGGUGACCCCACAUCCCCUGCCAAGGCCACGCUCAAGCUCAGAACCAACACUCAGGCAAGAGCCUCCGAAGGGCUGUCGGUGGUGAAGCGGGGGUAACUCAGCAACACGACUGAGAGGCGGCAUGGGCACCAUGAUGCCAGGGUGAGGGUUGCUGGGAAGGCAAACCCCAUCUGGGAGCUGGGGGUCGGAUGGAGCCAGAUCCAGCCCCCAAGGGCAGACCUCCAGCAAGGAGCCAGGCGAUGGACUAGACCACAACAAGCAGGGAGGCUCCAAGCCGAGGGUG